UUCAUUACAAUGUAUUCGCUCGUCACACUUGUUAAACAUUUGCUUGAAUAUUUACCUUUUCAAACACCCAAAAUGGGGAGAAUUUGUAGGUAUUAAUUUUUUAAAUUAUUAAACACAUAAGCUAAGAAGAUUGAACUGCACCAUCCUCUGAAACAAUGGGCUCUUUGACGAGCCGCUGGCAUUGCUGCAGUCCAAGAGCCUCUGGAGGAAUAAAUUGUGUCAUUGGGAGCAAGGGGAGCUCUGUUAUUGCAAUAGAAGGGAAGAAUUUGAGCCUGAGCUUGAAAAAGCAAGGUUUUAACAUUGAGGUUCCCAUCCUCAAAAGUUGCUCGAUUCAAAUUCCAGAGGGACAGUUGUGGAUGCUUUUAGGACCUAAUGGCUGUGGGAAAUCAACCCUUCUCAAGGCUUUGGCAGGGCUUUUAAAGCCACACGGUGGGACUGUACAUGUACAGAAACCAAGGAGUUUUGUGUUUCAAAAUCCAGAUCACCAGGUUAUAAUGCCUACAGUAGAAGCUGAUGUUGCAUUUGGUCUUGGACAGUUCAAUCUUAGUGAAGGUGAAGUCAGAAUUAGAGUGACCAAAGCUUUAGAGGCAGUAGGAAUGGUAGAAUACAUACAAAGACCAGUCCAAACUCUAAGUGGUGGUCAGAAGCAAAGGGUUGCUAUUGCAGGUGCACUGGUAGAAGCAAGCAGGGUGCUACUUUUGGAUGAGUUAACAACAUUCUUAGAUGAAACUGAUCAGAUUGGGGUUAUUGAAGCUGUUCGAAAUGUUGUGGAUGGGCCUCAAGGAGUUACUGCUUUAUGGGUGACACACCGUUUGGAGGAACUUGAAUAUGCAGAUGGUGCUAUUUAUAUGGAAAAUGGCACAGUUGUUAAAAGUGGAAGUGUUGGAGGUGUUAGAAAAUAUAUUCGAAGACAACAAUCUGCUUAUAAUAAAUCCCAGAAAUCAGUGUUGUAGUACACUUCUUUUAUUUGUCAAGAUGAAUGAUGUCAGAAGUUCACAUUUUAGAACUAGAGCAAGAAAUUAUUCUUGAGUUUAAGUCCAGGGUCCCAUGGAUGGGGAUAUGUCAGCUAUUCGUUUGCUGCAGAUGGUCUCAUCUAACCUGUGCAAUAGAAGAGCUACAAGAGAUUGAAUCUCCUUAAAAUGCAUUGGCAAGUUUUCCCACGGAGAAAAGUUUGAGCGGUGGAUAUUAUGGGGAGGAAGGCAGGCAGGAUGGGCCUAAGACUUUGCAAUAGAGUAGAGUGAGGGUCGCAAAGAUGUUAAAGCUUUUUAAUAUGCCUAAUAAAUCACAGAGAAGUUUUAUGCCAAAUGAAAGCUAUACUAAAUUUGUAUUUUUUGUAAUAUUCUAUUUCUCCAUUGUGAUGAAUUUUGUAGUUUUAUUCCCUUUU